CUCCCCGCGCCUCCUCCCGCCGCCACUCCGGCGGCUCCUCCGAGCAGCGCCGCGGCUCCGGCUGCCGGGGCCGCCGGUGCGGGGGAUGCGGGGCGGGCGGCGGCGGCUCGGCGGCCCCGGGGGGGGCAGGUGAAGCCCGCGGAAGGAUGCCCGGCGUCGCCGCGAUCCUCCUCCUGCUGCAGCUCCUGCCCAAGGCGGAGGGACAGGGCUUCGCAGGUGGAUGUUCAUUUGAUGAGCACUAUAGUAAUUGUGGUUAUAGUGUGGCCUUGGGAACCAAUGGAUUUACCUGGGAGCAGAUCAAUACCUGGGAAAAGCCAACAAUGGAUCCUGCUGUCCCAACUGGCUCCUUCAUGAUGGUGAACAGCUCUGGGCGGGCAUCUGGGCAGAAAGCUCACUUGCUUCUGCCCACAUUGAAGGAAAAUGACACACAUUGCAUCGACUUCCACUAUUACUUAUCCAGCAGAGACCGUUCGAGUCCUGGCUCUCUGAAUGUCUACGUGAAAGUGAACGGAGGACCACAGGGCAAUCCCAUAUGGAAUGUCUCGGGGGUUGUUACCGAAGGAUGGGUGAAGGCAGAACUUGCCAUCAGUACAUUCUGGCCACAUUUUUAUCAGGUGAUAUUUGAAUCUGUCUCUCUGAAAGGACAUCCAGGGUACAUAGCUGUGGAUGAAGUCAGAGUUCUUGCCCAUCCAUGCAGAAAAGCACCGCAUUUCCUUCGGCUUCAGAACGUGGAGGUUAACGUGGGACAGAACGCGACAUUCCAGUGCAUUGCUGGGGGGAAGUGGUCGCAGCAUGACAAACUCUGGCUCCAGCAGUGGAAUGGACGGGACACAGCAUUAAUGGUCACUCGAGUUGUCAACCACAGACGUUUUUCUGCUACUGUCAGUGUUGCUGACACCUCUCAACGCAGUAUCAGCAAGUACCGAUGUGUCAUUCGUUCAGAUGGUGGAUCUGGAGUUUCCAAUUAUGCAGAAUUAAUAGUGAAAGAACCCCCAACUCCUAUUGCCCCUCCUGAGCUGCUGGCAGUCGGAGCCACCUACCUGUGGAUCAAACCCAACGCCAACUCCAUCAUUGGAGAUGGGCCCAUCAUACUGAAAGAGGUGGAAUAUCGGACAACCACUGGGAACUGGGCAGAAACACACAUUGUAGAUUCCCCUAAUUACAAACUGUGGCAUUUGGACCCUGAUGUGGAGUAUGAGAUCAGAGUGCUGCUGACUCGCCCUGGAGAAGGAGGCACAGGACCACCUGGGCCACCACUUACAACAAGGACAAAAUGUGCAGAUCCUGUCCACGGACCACAGAACGUGGAAGUUGUUGACAUCCGUUCCCGGCAGCUGACGUUGCAGUGGGAGCCCUUCGGUUACGCCGUGACCCGGUGCCACAGCUACAAUCUGACAGUCCAGUACCAGUAUGUUUUUAACCAGCAAAAAUUCGAGGCGGAGGAACUCAUCCAGACUUCUUCCCACUACACUUUGCGAGGUCUUCGGCCCUUCAUGACCAUCAGGCUGAGGCUGGCCCUCUCUAACCCAGAGGGCAAAAUGGAGAGUGAGGAGUUAGUUGUGCAGACUGAGGAGGACGUUCCUGGACCUGUUCCCUUGGAAUCCAUCCAGGGAGGACCUUUUGAAGAGAAGAUCUAUGUUCAGUGGAAGCCUCCAAAUGAGACAAAUGGCAUCAUUACACUCUAUGAGAUUACAUACAAGGCCGUUGGGUCUCUGGAUCCCAGUGCUGACCUGUCCAGCCAAAGAGGGAAAGUCUUCAAGCUAAGGAAUGAAACACAUCACCUCUUUGUAGGAUUAUACCCAGGGACUACGUAUUCAUUCACCAUCAAAGCCAGCACAGUCAAGGGCUUUGGGCCACCCAUCACAACACGGAUUGCAACUAAGAUUUCAGCACCAUCGAUGCCAGAAUACGACACUGACUCCCCCUUGAACGAGACUGACACCACCAUCACUGUUAUGCUGAAGCCUGCUCAGUCCCGGGGAGCCCCUGUCAGUGUCUACCAGCUUGUAGUCAAGGAGGAGAAGCUGCAGAAAGCCCGGAGAGCUGCGGACAUCAUUGAAUGCUUCUCUGUCCCUGUCAGCUACAAGAACGCUUCCAGUCUGGACUCCCCGCACUACUUUGCAGCCGAGCUGAAGCCCAUCAACCUGCCCGUCACACAGCCGUUCACAGUGGGCGACAACAAGACCUACAAUGGCUACUGGAAUGCCCCGCUUUCUCCCCUGAAGAGCUACAGCAUAUACUUCCAGGCUCUGAGCAAGGCAAAUGGAGAAACAAAAAUCAACUGUGUCCGGCUGGCAACGAAAGGAGCUUCCACCCAGAAUUCCAAUGCAGUGGAACCCGAAAAGCAAGUCGACAGCACAGUGAAAAUGGCCGGAGUUAUAGCUGGGCUUCUGAUGUUUGUUAUCAUCCUCUUAGGAGCAAUGCUUACCAUCAAGAGAAGGAUAUUUUGUUCAUCUGACUGGCCAUCAAUAUUUAGAAGAAAUGCAUACUCCUACUCCUAUUACUUGCAUUCAAGCCAAUGUUUUAGGGGCCUCUCUGUCUUCUACAGGACCAGGAAGCUAGCCAAGAAGCAGAAGGAGACUCAGACCAGCACACAGAGGGAGAUGGGUCCUGUGGCUACUUCAGACAAGACCUCUACCAAACUCAGUGCUGUUCACAAUGAAGAAGCUUUCUCUUCCAGCUGCCAAGAUGUUAAUGGAUUCAGAUGCCGAGGUGUUGGAGCAUCACCCUCUCCUUGUUCAUUUUCUGUCCAAAGCAAAACCCUUCAGAGCAAAUCUUUGUUGAAUUCCUACUACUCAGUAUCAUCAGACACUGUUCCAUCGACCACGCUGUUAGGUAAGAAGCCAGACAGUAGCCAUGGAGAGAUGACCCAGCCAACCCUGACUAUCCAGACCCACCCGUACCGGAGCUGUGAGCCGGUGGAAAUGUCCUACCCCCGGGGGCAGUUCCAGCCAGCCAUCCGAGUGGCCGACCUGCUGCAGCACAUCACCCAGAUGAAGCGAGGACAGGGCUAUGGAUUUAAAGAGGAGUAUGAGGCACUACCCGAGGGGCAGACGGCAUCCUGGGACACAGCCAAGGAAGACGAAAACCGCAAUAAGAAUAGAUACGGAAACAUAAUCUCCUAUGAUCAUUCAAGGGUGAGAUUGCAACUGCUGGAUGGGGACCCUCACUCUGACUACAUCAACGCCAAUUACAUCGACGGGUACCACCGGCCUCGUCAUUACAUUGCAACUCAAGGGCCGAUGCAAGAGACAGUGAAGGAUUUCUGGAGAAUGAUUUGGCAAGAAAACUCUGCAAGUGUUGUCAUGGUCACCAACUUGGUGGAAGUGGGCAGGGUGAAGUGUGUUCGGUACUGGCCAGAUGACACAGAGGUCUAUGGCGAUAUUAAAGUCACACUAAUUGAGACAGAACCACUGGCAGAGUAUGUCAUACGCACGUUUACUGUACAAAAGAAAGGCUACCAUGAGAUCCGAGAGAUUCGGCAGUUCCACUUCACCAGCUGGCCGGACCACGGGGUUCCUUGCUAUGCCACAGGCCUCUUAGGCUUUGUUCGGCAAGUGAAGUUUCUCAACCCCCCAGAAGCAGGACCUAUUGUUGUGCACUGCAGUGCCGGGGCUGGGAGAACAGGGUGCUUUAUUGCCAUCGACAUCAUGCUUGAUAUGGCAGAGAACGAAGGCGUGGUAGAUAUAUUUAACUGUGUGCGAGAGCUGCGCUCCCAAAGGGUCAAUUUGGUGCAGACAGAGGAGCAGUAUGUAUUCGUCCAUGAUGCCAUUUUGGAGGCAUGUCUCUGCGGCAACACGGCCAUUCCAGUUUGUGAGUUCAGAUCCAUAUAUUACAACAUCAGCAGACUAGAUCCACAGACUAAUUCCAGCCAGAUAAAAGAUGAGUUUCAGACUCUCAAUAUUGUGACACCGCGUGUUCGGCCAGAAGAUUGCAGCAUCGGGCUUCUGCCAAGGAACCAUGACAAGAAUCGCUGCAUGGAUGUGUUGCCCUUGGACCGGUGCCUGCCUUUCCUCAUCUCGGUUGAUGGCGAGUCAAGUAACUACAUCAACGCCGCACUCAUGGAUAGCCACAAGCAACCUGCUGCCUUUAUUGUAACCCAGCACCCUUUGCCCAACACCGUAGCAGACUUCUGGAGGCUGGUGUUUGAUUACAACUGCUCCUCCGUCGUGAUGCUGAAUGAGAUGGAUGCAGCACAGCUCUGCAUGCAGUACUGGCCAGAGAAGACAUCCUGUUGUUAUGGCCCAAUUCAAGUAGAGUUUGUUUCAGCAGACAUCGAUGAAGACAUCAUCAACCGGAUAUUCCGGAUCUGCAACAUGGCUAGGCCCCAAGAUGGAUAUCGCAUAGUUCAGCACUUGCAAUACAUUGGCUGGCCAGCAUACAGGGACACCCCUCCUUCCAAACGCUCCCUCCUGAAGGUGGUCAGAAGGUUGGAGAAGUGGCAGGAGCAGUAUGAUGGGCGAGACGGCCGCACUGUUGUCCACUGCCUGAACGGUGGGGGACGUAGUGGCACCUUCUGUGCCAUCUGCAGUGUGUGUGAGAUGAUUCAACAGCAAAAUAUCAUCGACGUGUUCCACAUAGUGAAAACGUUACGGAAUAACAAGUCCAACAUGGUGGAGUCACUGGAACAGUAUAAAUUUGUAUACGAGGUUGCACUGGAAUACUUGAGUUCCUUUUAGCCCAGCGAAGGGAGGGGAGCCUCCGACAAGGCAGACCCCAACCCCUGGCAGACGCUUCUCCCCUCUCCCACGUUGGAAGGCAGUAACAAGUGUGGGAAGGAAAACCUCUCCUUUCCGGAGCAAGAGACUGAGACUGCACAGACCUCACUGGAAGGAGGAGAUGAUGCCUGUGUUUGCUGCUGCCUGCUUUCUAUUGGAGCAUCUACCGCUUCUUAAAUAACCUAUUGUACAAAUUAGCAAAAUGGGAGACAGACUGAAAGACUGGACUUUCUAAUCCCCUCUGACUUCUCUCCUCUUUGGGAUUGUAUUUUUGCUCUCCUUGCCGCAGAGUGGGGAAAGAAUGAAACCCUUAGGAAAUUCUCUUUUAAAUGUUUCCUUUUUAAGUUAUGUUUUUAUUUUUGAAUCUCAGUCUUUAAUUUUUGAAUUUCUUGCAGCAGUCAUUUGGGAAAAAUGAGAUAGCCAUAGGGGAUCUGUGACAUGUUUCAUUACAAUUUGCCUACCUUACCUGUGUUUGUUUUAUUUUCCAAAUGAAAAGGCCAACACCAAAAACCACUGGAAUUAUAUUUCUGUAUCUGGUUCCUUUUAGCAUGAAAAUAGAUGAUGGAGAUGAGAAGUUGUUCAUGGAGUCACUGCCUCGGCUUCUACGUGUUUCCUCCCAGUUUCUGCUGGACUCCCAAGGCUGUGUGCAUGAACUGGUUACAUCUCUAGUCUGUGUUCAUUUCAGUGCUGGCGAAGCAAUGGCAUUAAUGAGUUUCCCAGCCACUUAAACCCUAAGGUUAAAUAUUUGCAUCAAACAAAUUGCAUUUGUCUUGCAACUUUGGUAACUUUGUUACCAUAUUUUUCAAGUAUUUGCUGGGGUGCAGUGUGUCUUUGAAAAACAGGGUAUAAAGUAGGUGUUAUCGAUCAUAUACUAUGUAUUAUUAUUUUUUUAUUUAUUAUUUGUAUUGCUGUGGAACUUAGGACCCCUAGUCCUGACAGGACCCUGCUGAACUAGGCACUGUGCAAAGAGAGGACAAAGAAGGUUCCUGCUCAAGAACUUAGAAUCUGAAGGUAAUCUUAAAAUUGGGUUUCAUCGAGGUUUCCUCACUGUUUUCAAACUGUUUUACAAUCAGAUGUAGCUGAGUGAUUUAUUCACAUUUCCAGCCCCUGCAAAUUUCAAAAUGGUAACCCAUCCAGGCUGUAGGAAAGGUGAUGUACAUACACAGAAACCUGUUCUGACAUGUGCUCAGAGAAGUCUUCGACCAGCACAGCAACUUUCCAUCUUAAGCAACACAGCUUUUGUUUUGUUCUGCAGAAAUGCCUGUGCAGCUCUACUUCUUUGAAACAAACAUCAGAUGUGUUUUGCCAUGGUUCUGGAUCUCAUUCUGACUUCUUAGAAGCUAAGAAAUUGCUUUUCUAGAAGAAUAUGCUUAAGUAGUUAAUCACUAAGGUCUGCAGGAUAAUCUUGGAGAAUUUGAAAUGAACAAGGACUGCAAUAUUCAGUAUUUCAAUUUAGCUGUUUAUUUAUCUUGAGGGUGCAGGGAUACGGGGUUGCUCUGUGUGUAAAUUAGAUUCUGGGAGAUGCAGGCUUCUUCAAAUACAGACUUGUUAAAAGCUAGACUGAAUGUAAGAGUUUAAGGAAAACUCCUCUUUCUUACCACUUUGUAGUUUUCUACCCCCAAGUAAACACUCAGAGACUGUGCUGGGAACUCUGUUGUGUUACUGCCUGGCACAGAGAAUGCCAGAAGCUCAAAAAAAUUUUACUAAUUCUACAUGUAAAUUGAAAAAGCACCUCUGCUUCAUAGGCAUUCUUUUCUAAAAAAUUAUACCUUUGACUUGACAGUGAAGUAUGAAAAUCAAAUCUGAUAAAAGCCAUUUGACGCAGAUAGACCAGCAUCUAACCAAAAAGUUGUUAUCUCUAUCAGGACCUGCAGCAAUCUUAAGAAAGGAUGCUUGGUAUUUGCAAAUGGAACAGCAAUAAUCCUUCUUCCUGUUAAGCAGAGGAGGGGUUUGCAGAGGAUGCUGAACUGUUUAGCUCAUGUUCUUUCCAAGAAGCUUUGGGUUCUUGGCUUCCUUCAAGUGAAAAUCUUGAAGGUCUUAAAUGUGGUGGGCUACAGCAUCCCUUGAUGUAGCUAGAGAGCCACAAAGUAUUGAUGAGAACCCCCUCACAGGUUCCUCUGCUGUGUUUCAGGUUGGUCUUCUCUGUUGCCUGCAGAAAUCCCCUUUAGUUGAUAUUGGUGCUUCAGGUGAAUGUCUGGUGUUACAGGAAACAAAUUACUUAUUUGAUUUACUUUUUUUUUUUCUUUAAUAUUUUUUUUUCUGCUGAGCUAUGCAAGCAGUUCCGCAAAAUAAUAGAAAAUAGACAAAGCAAAAUUAUGGCAUAAAAAUUAGAAGGAAGGCAAAAUGCAACUGUUUGGAUUCCAGGCAUAAUUGCCGUAACAACAGCUUACAGUAACAGCGUAGGUCAGUAGUUCGGGGCCAGCUGCAAAGAAGAGGAAAGAGGGAAUCUUGAUCCCAGGAUGGGAUUUUUCAACUGCCUAGGUUGAAAGAAGGUAAGGAGAAACUACCAGUGAAAUGCUCAUGACUUCACCAGCUCCAGAAAGCCAGAGAGAAUCACUCCCUGUAGAAGCUUUGGAAAUAUUAAUUAGUAUUUAACAUUCUGUUAAUUUUACGUGGAAACUAGCAUACCUAUUGCUACUGAAAGACUAGUUCAAGCUCUGAGGUUAAUACCCAGGAUAAAGGGAAUAGAGAGGUAGAAGAAAUGGCAAUAUAACCAAAAACUUAAGUGUCAGAGGUGAUUCCAGGCUUAACAAUAGCAUAGAGGAAAGUAGAUUUAAAAGCCAGAAGUAAGCCUAGAGGAGGGAUGUAUGCACGGAGAGAAGCAGGUGUUAGAGGAGCAGAGCAGAAUAGCUCUUGCAGUGAAGUUGUUUAAGGUCUUGAGAUAGGUUUGAACGUAUUUUCAUGGUAUGAAAAACACUAGUACAGGGUCAGUGGCAAGUACCAGCUGAUGUGUUCCAUGUGCUUAUAGCCCUCAGAGAAUGCAAAGUGAUGUUAGCAGUGAAAGAUGUUUAAGCCACACCUUACCUUGUAUUUGCAAGAAACAAGUUUAACGUACAUGUUGUUGGUUUGCACAGCCCAACUGUUAGUCACAACUGAUUACGUGCCAGCUCAGUUCAGUGUUUCUUCUAAUGUUCAGCUGACAAUCAGCGUGGAAGGAUGCUCAGCAAACACUACAGGUGGUUCUGGUUAUGGACCCAAACUGUUACAUCAGCACGCAGCUGCAUUGCUUUCAGGGGACUGACCUGGGUCUGUGUUGGCUCAGGGAUUUACACUGUUCUGUGCUACUCAGUGCACAUAUGUUGAAUGUAGAUUAAUGAUGAAGGAAAAGAAAAGAAGGCCACUUUAAAUAACCUUGUUAUCCUGAGGUUCUUUAAGCCAUAGAGAAUAGCCGGUAGCAAAAUAGGUAACGUGUUUGAAGCAAGAUCACGGACAUUGGGUUUGUUUUCACUGGGAAAGAGAAAUGAUGAGGUAAAGGAGGCUUUCUCACUCCUGAAAGGGUUAACAGGGACAAGAAAGGGUUUGUCAGGGACAAACUUUCCAACCAAAGUAUUACUUGCUGUGGCUGGGGAGCAGUAAUAUAAGGUAGAAAAGGUGAAUUCCUCAAUGACUGAAUUUUAGGCUGGGAAAAUAUGAUUUUGACAAUAUCUGAAUGGUGAUAAGGAAAACAUUUAUUCCCAUUCCAACAUCCUGGCAGGGUUGGGUGAGAAUUGUUUAUUGAUAGCAUAGUAUGGAUCUGAAGUGUAAUCUGAAAUUCAGGGAACGGGAAAUAAGUCAAGAAGGCUGGAGGUAUGGGGACUAUAUCUUACACAGGGUAACUAACAUCUUAAAUUGUUAUGGGAUAUAACUGAAGCAAGAGAUAUUGAGGCUGGCUGCUGGAGAAGGGAGACCCUGAGUUGUUGCAGAAAAGAGACAGAGAGACUAAACACCCUGCAAGGUACAGUAGGUCUUGAAAAUCUUUUUUAUUAUUAUUAUUAUUUUUUUUUUUUUCAAAAUUAAGAUCUCUGCAGGAGCUGCAUCCUUUGCUGGCACCUCCCCACCCCCAGACUCCCAAAAAAGGCUGUAAAGAAAAAGGUGUUUGAGGACCUGUAAGUAGACCUGAGGUACUUGUUUAUUAAUGUGAAGAAAACAGACCAUGGAUGGGAGCGUAGUGUCCGUGUGAAGGUGACUGAAACUGGACUACUAGUGGCAAACAAGCAGAUGGGGAUUUGGUGGGCUUAGGUCUGCGGAUUGAAAUAACUGGUAUUCUCUGAUCCAGGAAGUCUGUGGUUCGUAGGAGACAUUUCAGUUCAUGACUUUCAGUUCAUGACAAAUUUUUUAGCCAAGUUGCAGAGUUCUGUCUGCUUUUGUCAUGCUUAGCUCCAACACUGGUUGGUCCUACUAAAUUUAUUCACAUUUCAGCCAGUUGUGUGAGCUAGCGUUGUCCAUUUUAGUCCACAGGCAACAGGCGUCUAGAAGGAAAGAUUUUCAGAAACAUGGAAAAGCCAUAGACUUUGUCACCCCCCCCUCCCCUCCCCCCAGAUCAAGCCGCGGUUCCUGUACUCCAUCUUUCCUGCUCAGUGCCAGCCCACACGCCCAGAAAGUAGACAGAUAUUUUGGGAAAUGCUGCGACCCCUAAUCAGUCUGGUCCAUGUAACUGUGUAGGGCAAAGGAGGGAAUCCCAAAGUGUAGCUUCUGGGCAGAGAUACAUGGAUUUGUGUGUCAGUAGGUUUCUACCUUUUAUUCUGGAUCUGUAAAUGCCCUGUAAAGAUGUCCAGUGGCAAUAUAGACCCCACAGUAGUAGAUGUAGGCUUGUAGAUAUUAGACUUGUUUUUCCACUUACUUUUCACAGGUCCUAUAGAAUUAGGUUAGAAUUAGGCCCACAGGCCAGUCAUCGUGGGUCACUGCUUGUGAGUCCUGUAAAGGCAGAGAAAGGAGAGAGGCCAAUGCCUGCAGCAGGUGGCUCCGAAGGCAUUUCAACCAGUUGCUAUCUGGAAGAGGGGGAAAGGAAAAGCAAUCUCCUUUGGAGAAUGACAAACAUUGGAGGUAAAGGAAGAUUACACGGAGUCCUGAAACAGGUAGGAAACUUCACUUUGUUCUCCCUCUCAUUCUCUCAGGGGUUUACUUAUGUCAUUCCUGCUUUUGUGAGUUCAUGCCAAGAUCAUAAAAAAAACAGGUGGUAGCACAUUCCACCUUGUGGAGCUCUCUAGAGAUGGAGCAGUCAGUGUAACAGAGGGAAUAAAUCCUGAGGGACAGAGAUAAAAGGUGAUUUUCUUGAGAGGAAUCUUCAAGUACGACGUGCCCCUAUCUGUCACACUCGCAGGGUUCUUUGAAAGUCAUCACAGAGCCGUCCACAAUCCUGGCAUAUUCCUGCAUGUGCAAUACAGUGCAAAUGUUGCACUCAGAAAACUUCUUUGUCCUAUAAUACAUUUAAAGAAUCAACUGUGUUACACUGGUAGCCAAUGAGCUGUUGGAAAGGGCAUCUCCUGAACUUGGUACGAGCCUGCUGGGUUCUCAUCUGAGAUUCUCCCGCUUGUCUGAAGUGAACAAACUUCAGUCAACCCGUUUGUUAGAAACAUAAAUGGGACCGUGUGACAAAAGGUAUUCAGCAUGACUCUUGGGUCUGAAACUCAGUAUACCUCUUAGAAAACUGUGAAGUGGUAAAACAGUAUUAUGUGUUCAUUGCACAGACCUUUUCAGGAGCAGGAACUGAGGAAGCCAGCUAGUUAAGGUUAGGUACACAGAAAAGAGUAAUGAGUACUCUAUUAAUCCUCCUGCUUUCGUAUUUUAUUUAGAUUGCAGUCUUCUGUAGCCAUACAUACAUGAUACACAAUUUAAAUGCAAGUGCCCUUUCUUUCCCUGCUCCCCCAGAUACCUGUAGCUCUUCCUACAGCAUAGCAAGCAAGCAAAGCCCACUUUCUGCAAGGGCCACUAGGAAAAUCUAUCAUGUAGUAUCUGUUUAUUGACUUGGAAAAUAUUAGUCAUCUUCCUCCUCAUAAGUAUUUGAAGAAUAUACAAUUUGGUAUAGCAGUUAAGUAAAUUCAUGCUUUUUUAUACAUCAAGACCAAAUCCUGUUGAUAACUGAGUUUUAUGGGAAGACAAAAAUCUUGCUGAGUUCCAGUGGCCUCUAGUCUGUAAUCCUUAUGUUCUGUGUUAAAAGAUUCUAAAAGCCUCCCUUGUAACCAAUAGACUACACUUAGAAUAUCCUAUGGUUUCAUGUUGGAGUAGCAUAAUUGUGAAAACCUGGCAGCUUCUUCUGUUUGUAAAAAACAAGAGAUCUAAAUGAGCCUUCCUAUCCUCAUCCCAGUGCAUCUAACAGAUUUUUCACCCUUAUUUUCUGUUUUCAACCUAACCCUUA